AUGCUUGCCCUUCCACCACCACCUCCUCCACCACCCCUAGCCACAAGAAAACAAACCAAGCAAGUGUCUCCUGAUCAAAUUGUCAUAUCAAAACACCCCAUCAAACAACAUUCUCAGGAACCAGAAGCACCAAAUCAUGUUGCAACAAAGUCAAUUAGGCCACCACCACCAACUCUAAGGCAGCCUCCAUUUCAAAGGACCAACCCCAUCAUAUGGGUUGCUGCAGUGUUGUGCCUCAUAUUUAGCCUUGUGCUUAUCUUCUUUGGGGUUGCAACUUUGAUCAUCUUCCUAGGCAUCAAACCAACGAACCCCACUUUUGACAUCCCCAAUGCAAACCUUAAUUCAGUGUACUUUGACUCACCAGAAUACUUCAAUGGUGACUUCACCCUCCUUGCAAACAUCACCAACCCCAACAGGAAGAUUGAUGUGAGGUUUGAGUCCUUGGAUGUUGAACUUUUCUUCUCAGACAGGAUCAUAUCAACACAGUCCAUUCAGCCCUUUACUCAGAGGAGAAGGGAGAGCAGGUUGGAAUCACUGCACUUCAUAUCCAGUUUGGUUUUUUUGCCUAAGGAUCUUGGUGUGAACCUUAAAGGACAGGUGCAGGGUAACAUGGUCAAGUACAAUGUAAGAGGAACCUUUAAAGUGAGAGUAACUAUGGGGUUAUUCCACUUGUCUUACUGGUUUCAUAGCAGAUGCCAGAUAGAGAUGACGGCUCCACCAACUGGUGUCUUGGUGGCUAGGAAGUGCAUCACCAAGAGAUGA